CACGCUUGCCGUGCCCCGCUCCUCCUCCCGCCCGGCGCCGAUCGGAGCACCGCUGCGUGCGUAGCGUAGGUGAGCAACGCAAGACUCGCCGCCUCCCACCCUCCCACCUCCGUCGCCGCGCCUAUAAAAUCACGCCCUCCGGCACCACCACCACACCGCGCCGCAAACCACACGCACACAGAACGCUCAAGCUAGCAGCGCGCGCACCGAGCCGGCGACUACGACGACGAUGGCGGUGACCACGGCCCAGCUGCCGCAGCCGCGCGCCCUGGCGGCCCUCCUCGUCCUGGUGCUGCUCAUCACGCUGGGCGGCGCGGCGGAGGCGCAGCCGCCGCUCGGCACCUGCGGCGCGCAGCUGAGCCAGCUGGCCCCGUGCGCGCGGUACAGCGUGCCGCCGCUGCCGGGGCAGGCGCUCCCGACGCCCGGGCCGGAGUGCUGCUCCGCGCUGGGCUCCGUGUCCCGCGACUGCGCCUGCGGCGCCAUCGACAUCAUCAACAGCCUCCCCGCCAAGUGCGGCCUCCCGCGCGUCUCCUGCCAGUGAUCGCUCGCUGCCUGGCUCCAUGCAAGAAGAGGAGGAACUGAAGAAGACGACGAUGAAUAAGAGAUCGAUGGUCGGAGCAACCAUCUUGAGUAGUAUUAGCAGUGCCUAGUAGCUGUCCUGUCCGUCUAGAUCGAUCCCCUGUGAUCAUUACAGGCUCUCGUGUCUGUUGGCCUCUGUUGAAGGUCAGAUUAAUAACAAUAGUAAUGAAACCAAUUUGCACCGAAGGUCCUUCCAGACCCAAACA